UAUUCAGCCGAGGAUUAUCUAAAACGUAUAUCCAAAUAGGUGGCUUGAGGAUUUGGUUCGCUUGCGUUGAUCCUCAGUUUCUGUCUGGUUUAUCCUUCAACUGCUUUGAAGAACAUGGGACAAAAGAGAUGGUUCUUGUCCUUGCUGGCACUUAUUGCUUGUCUUCUUUUCUUUUCACGUGGAAGAGUUGAAGUUCUCAAGUUGAAGAGCUAUGAUGGACGACCUGUUUACAACCAUACACUUGCCUUAACACUUGUGGAGUAUACUUCUGCGGUGUAUAUGUCUGAUUUGGCACAACUCUUCACUUGGACCUGCGAAAGAUGCAAUGGGUUGACAAAGGGUUUCCAAGUCAUAGAAAUCAUAGUUGACAUUGAGUACUGCCUACAGGCAUAUGUUGGUGUGGCAAAGGAUUUGAAUGCUAUCAUUAUUGCAUUCCGGGGAACUCAAGAACACAGCAUACAAAAUUGGAUCUCAGACUUGUUCUGGAAACAGCUUGAUCUGAAUUACCCUGAUAUGCCAGAUGCAAUGGUUCACCAUGGCUUUUAUACUGCUUAUCACAAUACAACCGUUCGGCCUGCAGUUUUGGGUGCAGUGAAACUGGCGAAGAAGUUCUAUGGGACGAACAUCAACACCAUCAUGGUGACUGGUCAUUCAAUGGGAGGAGCCAUGGCUGCCUUUUGUGGGCUAGACCUAGUUGUAAAUGAAGGAGAAGAAAACGUACAGGUCAUGACGUUUGGGCAACCUCGUAUUGGGAAUGCGGAUUUUGCAUCUUAUUACAGUUUGCUUGUGCCUAAUACCUUCAGGAUCACGCAUGACCAUGAUAUUGUUCCUCAUCUGCCUCCUUACUUCUAUUAUUUCCCUCGGAAAACAUACCACCACUUCCCAACAGAGGUGUGGGUGAGAGACCUCAGUGUUUUGGAACUUGUUCGUUUUGGUGUUGAGAAAGUUUGUGACAACACUGGUGAAGAUACUACAUGCUGCAGAUCGGUGAUGGGAAGAAGCAUAUCAGACCAUUUAAGGUACUUUGGGGUAGAUUUGAUGUGUGAGACAUGGAGACAAUGCAACAUAGUGAUGAGCAAUGAGGUGGAGAGGUACAGCAGGAAAGAUUCAAAGGGUAACAUAUACCUGACUCGGACAGUUCCCUCCACUGAAACGAAAACUCUAUCCAAAACAGGAGUCUCUAGUAUAUAGGAGCUGGCUGAUUGAACAAGAAUAGUUGCUUGAAAGGGUGAGGUUGGGAGAUAUCAAUGUGAAGGAGGAAGAGGAAGGGUUCUUUGAUUCUUUGUGGUUGUGAAAGAUAGUGUACAGAUAAUAAUAAUCAAGACUUUGUAAAUAGUUAGUUGAUAAGAAAAAGAAAACAUGUAAAGAUCUCAUAGAAAUUGGAUUCAAGUUAUGUAUAUAUGUGAAUGAGUAUCAAAUUGUUUUUCUUU